AUGGAGUAAUUUAGGACUAAAUCAAUUCGUUAUAAUCGAUUACCAAAUCUUACUAACAAUCACUAUUUAAAGUACACAGAGAGUAUUAACUUAGUCUCUCUUAAGAAUUAAGCGCAUCAAGAACAAAAAAGAAUUUAACUUAACAAAAACUAGUAAAUAAUUUUCACUAUUCUAAAUCAAGCAAGCUCUAUCCAAUAAAAAAGAUGAUUCAAAUAAUUAUUACCAUCAUACUACAAUUUAUAAUGUCAAAUUAAGCAAAGAAACUAAUAAAGUCUCUAAGUAUUAUUACCAUUAUUUAAUCUAUAGUAAUCAAGAAUUAAAUUACUCUUAAUAUAAUGAAAUUUAAACUAAACUUAUGGUUUCUGAUUUCAAAAAGAAAGUUGAUGCAUUCCUCAAAAAAAACAAUUACAAAUCUAAUUUGAUUAGCAGUAAAAUAACUACUUCAUCAAAGGAAUUACAACAAUAAAUAAAAUAUGAAGAAUCAUUAACCAAAUCUUUAAGCUCUAAUAAAUAUAUUGUUUAAACUGAAAGUAUAUUUUUGAAUUCAUUCAUUUUAGAAAAAUCCAUGAAAGCCUUAGAGAUAUUUAUUCUAGGAACCAAUAAAGUUGUUACUAAAUAAUUAAUUUCAAGUGAACUUUUACAAUAAAGAUUAUUGAAAUAAAAGGAAACUUUUUUAAAAGAUGACAGAUUUAAUUAUGAUUUGAAGUAUCUAUUAUUUAUUAUUUAGAAUGACAACUAUGAUAGAAUAAUAUGCAGAAAUAGUAAAUAGAAUUCAAGAAAAAGCAUUUACUGUAAAAAUACCAGAUAAUUAUAUCAUUUAAAUGAGUGAUUACAAUGAAUAUUAUUAAAUUAAAGAAGAUUCAAUGAAUAACUUUCUUGAAAAUAAACUAGAAAUAAUAGCUGAUCAAAUUAUUCAUGAUAUUUAAUAGUCUAAAAUAACUACUCCUAAAAUUUUAAGCAAUUAAACUAGUUAAAUAUAUGAAUCAAUUGUACAAUAUCCAAUUUACUAAAUUGAACAUAAGAUCAAUACUGAACCCACUAUUGUUGAUGAAUAAGAAAUAUUAUCAAAAGAAUCAGAUAAUAUAGAAUAAAUCAUCCCUGAUACUAAGAUUUCAAAUAAAAAGAGUAGAUAAAAAUAAAAGAUUUAAUAAAAUAGAAAUCAAAUAAAUUAAUCAGAAUAAUCAAGUCUAUCAGAAAACUUUAAUUCCUCUAUUAUUAGUUCUAAUAUUAAAAAUAAUGAUGAUAUCUUAAGAAAAAAUAAAGAAAUAUCAAAAAUUGAAGAAGAAUAAGAAUAAGAACUUAAAUAGAAAGAAAAGAAAUAAUAAAUUAUUAAAAAUCUCAAAGAAUUCAACUAAAAAUCAAACCUAAUAAAUAUUUGAAGAAAUAAUCUGAAAAAUUAAUAAUAUCAAUUGAUGACCCAAUUAUACUUGUAGAACCAAAAGAAAAACUGCUUAAAAAAUCAAGUCUAAGACUUUCAGAUAAUAUUACUACUAUGAAUGAGAUUAAUGAGAUUAUUAGAAAUAAAAAAAUGUAGUUGUAAGUAUAUCAAUAAAUAUUUUUUUAGACAGUAAGAACAGGCUAAUGAGUAAUAAUUAUAGAAUAAGAAUAAUGGUUUAUAAAAACCCUUACAAUUGAUUAUUAAUGGCAAACCAUUUAGUGAAUUAAAAGAAGCUGAAUUAUGGGAUUCUAAAAGAAAUUCCCCAAGGUCUUUCAAAAAAAAAAGAUAGUAAAAUAUACCCAAUUCAACUGUUUCAGAGUAGAGUUAAUUUGGGUAAAAAUAAGAAAUUAACUUAAAUGAGUAGUAGAACAAUAUUAUAGAAGAAUAAUAGAACCAAAUUGAUUCUACAAAAAACUUUUAGGAAAUUAAAGAUGAUAACGGCAAUAAUAAUGAUAAUGAUAAGAAUAAUGAUAAUAAUGACAAUAAUAAUAAUAAUGACAAUAAUAAUAAUAAUAAUGAUACUAGUAGUGAUUAUCAAUAAAUUAUUAAUGAAAAAAUAAUAAGCAUUGAAGAAAAAACAAAAUAAGAAUGUUAAGAUAUUUUUGAUAUUUUAUUGGCCUAGGAUUCUGUGUAUGAUCUAACAAUUGAUGAUUAUUAAAUUGGGAAACCUCAUUCUUAUAAAGUCAAUCAUACAAAUUUAAUAUUCCAUCAGGAAUAGGAAGUAACAGUCUUUAUUCAUUAGUAAAUGUAAUAAUAAAUUUAGGGUAUUAUGGAGGAGAGAAAUACAAUAGGUGAUUCCUAAACUUAAUUUUGUUAAUAAAUAGAUGUCGGUUUAGAUCAAUUCAGAAGAUGAGUAUAUUUAAGAUAGUUAAGAGCAUAAUGUUGAAGAAGAUGUUUAUAAUGUCCAUGAUGAAAAUAAAGAUUCAUAAAUCUGA